CAAAUUAAAUAAAUUGAAAAAAUUAUAUUUUAUUAAAUAAAUUUAUUUAUUAACCCGAAUAAAAGUAUUUUAAAGCUUACAUAUUAUUUUUAUUAUAUUUAUUUGCCCUGAAAUCUUGCUUUUUCACAGGGAAUUUUAAUAUCUAUAUCUUUAGUAUUAAUAUGUAUAUCUAUAUCGUCGUUACUUUCUACUUCUACAUUGUUAUCCACACAGAAUCUGUUUAUGAAUUGUGCCGUGUAUUAAUAAUUAAAGUUUUUUAUUUAAAAGCAGCAUUCUAUUUUCCUAUCCUCUUAUAAAAUAGCCAUGUAACCCUAAAGUUGCCUGCUAAUCGCGAUUGCAUUGCUACAAGGACUGAUAAUCAAAAGAGUACAUCUAUGUUCUUGUCUAUUAUACCCAGUACGUAAAAAGUUAAAAAGAGAUAGAGAAAAAUCCUUUGGACAGUCCAUCCUUCUCUCGCGUUUCGUUUAUGACAUAUGCAUGCCAGUGACGCUUCCAAUAUUAUAUUUCAGUCCUUACAAUUCCACUAAAUACGUAGACGAAAUGCUGCGUAGCUUUUGCUUAAACGCGCGUGCGCGAGAAAAAACUUGCGAUCUUCCCUCACUGGUUCCGCAUAGUUUUGAUUGCACUUUCAGUUAGUUCUCGACGAGUUCUGAUGAAAAGUCUUAUGAGUCAGAGUGAUUCCGACAAACAGUUUGCAACGUGUCACGUAUUCGAUCAGUGAUUGAACAUUCUUUUUUAAGUUUCAAAUACUUCUGAUUGCAUUUCCACGCAGUUUUGAUGAGUUCUGACGAAAAGUAUUAUGCCUCAAUACAAUCGGAUAACAUGAUAACCAAAUAUGAGCCAUUUUUGAUGCUGGAGUACUGGUGGAUGACGAGCAACGAAACCGGACGCAAUCGCAGCGACGAAGCAGCGAUCGAGGAGAUGCUGCAGGAUCCAGGAUUGGUGAUCCUCUUCGUCGACUAUCCACGGUGGCUGCUGUGCUUCGCCGCCGCCUGUUGCAUCCUCUUCAUGCUAGUCGGCAUUCCGGGAAAUCUCAUCACGGUGAUCGCAUUGUUUCGCACCAAAAAGUUAAAAAACGCUACGGCGGUCUUCAUCAUGAAUCUCUCGAUAUCAGACUUGAUGUUUUGCUGCUUCAAUCUACCACUCGCAACUUCAACGUUCUGGCAUAGGUCGUGGUUACACGGACCACUUCUGUGCCGGUUGUUUCCGCUCUUGAGAUACGGUCUCGUUGCAGUCAGCCUCUUCAGCGUUCUCGCGAUCACCAUCAAUCGCUACGUCAUGAUCGGUCAUCCCGGUCUUUAUCCUACGCUGUACAAAACAAAGUACCUAAUACCGAUGGUUGUCGCGAUAUGGAUCGUCGCUUUUGGCCUGUUGAUUGUCACGUGGUUUGAGCGAUUCGGGCGUUUCGGAUUGGAUCCUGCUAUCGGAUCUUGCUCGAUCCUGCCAGACGUAAACGGACGGAGCCCGAAGGAAUUCCUCUUCGUUCUCGCGUUUCUAGUGCCAUGUUUCGCUAUUAUCAUUUGCUACGCCAGAAUUUUCUAUAUUGUUCGUGAAACUGCGUCGAAGAGCAGAGGCAGAAAGAAAAUCUGCAACAUAGAACCUACGGAAACCAGCCAUGACCAACCGUCCGCUAGAAACCAAGAGCAGGAGCUUUCCAUCCUCUGCGCUCCCUCUUCGUCGAUGCAAGCGGUUUUUCUUAAUCCAAACGAAAGACGAGAUCUCCAGGUAUCAUCGACCGACGAAAUUUCGAUGGACGAUCAACGAAAAACUGACACUCGUACAGACGACUCGACGACGAAUGUCGGCCCCGAUGCAAACUCCAGCGACGAUUACGACGAGGAUAUGCCAUUCGUGGACGAAAGGACGGACUUCGCGGAAACGAGAUUGUUCCCGAACUGGAACCAGUGCGAGCCGCAGCGGAAGUCAUCGGCGAGUCCCUGCGGCCGGCUGGGGAGGCUGACCGGUCGCGCGUCCUUCGCGAUGGAGUCCUCGCUGCAGAGAAUCGCGAGGGGUGGCGAACGCCUGGACCCGGGGCCGCCUGAGAUUCGCGAGUCCUGCGCGAGGAAGGCGUUUCGCAGGCAGUCCAAGUUCAGGAGCGUCGGCAGGACGCGCGAGUACGCCGCGCCCAGGAUGUCCGCCAAGGAUCGGAAGCUGCUGCAGAUGAUCCUCGUGAUAUUCGCGUCGUUUCUCGUGUGCUACCUGCCGAUCACCGUCACGAAGAUCUUCCAGAGCGCGGUAGAUUGGCGGGGUCUCAACAUCGCCAGCUACAUACUCAUCUAUCUGACGACCUGCAUCAAUCCCGUUAUCUACGUCGUGAUGAGCUCCGAGUACAGGAGCGCGUACAAACACGUGUUGCUUUGUAAAAGGUGAAUGAGCGACGAGGAGACGAUUGAAUCUGCUAACACCUCCAAACUGCAAAUGUCUGAUGUAAAGAAAAUAUUAUGAAAGAAAGGAUGGAGGUAUGAGUAAGGACGUAAUUUGUAUUUGUCAUCUAGAAUUUUUGUUGGCGCUUAUUGAGGUUUUCUUUUUUGUGAUAUAGUAUCGCCUUCAACAGCACGUAUAGUAUUAACUUAUUGUUACAAUAAACGUGUGGAUUUCUAGUCUUUUGGUUUUUGUAGUUUUUAAAAAUUUAUUUACUUUUUAUUUAUUACAACAAAAUUAGUUUAAAUUAGAUUGUAUAAUAUUAUUUCUUCAAUGGUACUCGCCAUUUUUUUACUCGCUUUGCGUGUAAUCGAAUGAUAAUACUUUCUAAAUCAGAAUUAGUGUAUUAUUCACUGAAAGACAAUGAAUAGUCUAAUUUCAAUGUAUACUGGUAUAAAUAUAUACGCUGUCUUUUAGUGAUAAUAGACUGAUUAGUUUCCGAUCAAUAACCCUCUUUUAAUCGGAAUCACGGAAAGUGAAUGAUGAUCACAGUUAUAACACUUUAAAUCAGUAAGACUUCACUGAUUCAGAUUCAGAGAGUAAUUGUUUAAUUUUAUAAAAUUAACCCUUCGCGAACUAGGUGGGGUUAAAUUAACCCCAGCAGUUUUUAAACUGCCGUAGUUUUUUUUCGAAACACGCAAGCGGUCUGAAAGAAGUUUCAAUUUUUAUUUUAGAAGUCAAUAAAGUAAGUCUUUGUGUUUUUUAUAAUAAAUCGUAAAAUUAAAAUUAACUCCACAUGGUUCAUUUUUAUUUAUCUAGUUCGCGGAGGAUUAAUAGUAUUUUUAUACUUAAUUUGUUAGAAGAUAAUCAAAAUCUCUAAAAUCUCUAAGUCUAAAUGAUCUCUUUUUGUGUUCUACUUAACACUCGCAACAUUCACAAGCGUAAUUUGUCUUUUGUUUGAUAAACAACAGGGAUAAAAUAAUUACAGGUAAAAUAAUUAAAAUAAGAAUAACGGUUUAGGAAGUAUCCGUUGUGAGUGUUAAGUGAAACGCACGCUAAGGGUAUUUAACUUCGUGCAUAUUUCCCGAUAGCACAGUCCCACAAAUCUUUGUCAUCCGUAUCAAAUUAUUACUAAAAAUCAAAAACCCGAACAAUGGUGUAAAACGCGUUUCAAAAUUCUUGUGGUGUUUUAUGUUAAAUAUAUAUAAUCGAUAUUUCAAUUGUGAAUCGCAAAG